AUGUCCUCACUGCCGAAGUGGUGGCCAUAUAAGAGUUCACUUCAAGAAGCUGGUCGACGGCUUGUUGCCCUAUUGGGAGGGAUUAUUGUAGGAGCGAAUGCUGUUACGCAUUACUACAAACCUCUGGCGGAAUUUGAAAGUGAGUUGGCAAAAGGAAAGUCUGAACUUCUGCUCAAGACAGCCGAAUGUGCCGGUGGUCACUGUUAUCAUAGUGGUGACAACGGAAGUGAACGUGUUCAUGAAAAAAACAUCGAUAGUGAUAACAACGAUUACCACAUUUCGAAUUCCACCUCAAGAAGUGCGUCACCUGCUGAUAGCGUCUUCAAAAGAGCAUUCAAAUAUUACAAGAAACGUUCACCAGCACCUGAUCUCAGCAAUGUUAUCGACUUUCGUGCAGUAUCCGACCCGCGAUCGCCAGCAGCAGCAUUAUUAUCUCAUGGACAAAUUGAACGCUUAUCUGUGAAACUAGCAAAUGAGCACGUCCCAUGUGAACCUUUCAAGCGGCUCGGUCUAAAGUUACCAUCCGAAUGGAAUGUGUUCGCUAUAGCGAAUCGUCAAGGACUGUACAUUUUAAGUGAUGUUGUCGAACGCUCAAAACAACUCGAAUGGAUUUCAAAAUGUCUCCAUAUAUAUCCAGAAGCGCCGAACAAAACCAAUGUGCAUCUACAUAAUCCGAAUGCUAGUGAAAUAUUCAAAAAUCAUGGAAAGAAUCUACGUUGGACUACAAUGGGAUAUCACUAUGAUUGGACAACGAAAAAGUAUCCGGAAACAGGUGUUGUGCCAUUUUAUUACCGUGUACUUGAAAUUGGAAUCACAGGUGAUCAACUACCGUCAGAAAUCAAAUUAUUGGCUGAAAUAAUAUCGAAUAUUCUCGGACUCGGUGAAAUGGAAGCGGAUGCAGUUAUCAUCAACUACUUUCCGCCAAAAUCAACUCUUUCAGCUCACGUUGAUCGUUCCGAGCACGAUCUUUCCAAACCACUCAUAUCGUUGAGUCUUGGACAAUCAGCAGUCUAUCUAAGCGGUGGUAGAAGUGUUGACGAUUCACUCGAUGCGAUACUACUACAUUCGGGUGAUGUGCUAGUGAUGCAUGCUCAACAACGUCUUGUUUAUCACGCCGUGCCGCGUAUUAUCAAAACCACUGAUUAUCGUCUCGAAUUAUCGAAUAUCAAUACAGAUCAGCCGAAAGAGUUAAUCGAUUACGUGAACACAAAUCGUAUCAGCAUAACAAUUCGACAGGUUGACAGGCAUUAA